GAGUCUCUUGAUUAUAAGACUGAGAAAUACUCUCUUUUAGUCUUCUCAUAGCCUAACAGGAGUGACAAAACCGGAUAAACCCGCAUUGUACAGCGGUGAGUUGAGCGAGUUAUACAUGCGGAUACGGAUUUUCCGGUCACAAUUGGCUGCCAAGGAUGCAUUAUUCCACAGGUAUGUGUGCACACGGAAACUAAUGUUGAUUGUUUCACAGAAGAUUAUUGUUUUGUGGCGGCUGUCAAGGAUCCAGAGAAGGUCUGGGAAUAAGUGGUUCCCUAUCCCAUGGCCUGGUUUGAGCCCUAGAAAAUUGCAGACCCACUGCAUUGGUGGGCCAGUGGGCAAUGACUAUGACUAUGGCAAAAGUUCCCCAAUCCACUGAUGUGUUGGUGGAGGUGGAGGUCAUUGAUUGCAGAAUAAGAACAAUGCGAGCUGGGAGUUUCAACAACAACCAAUGAACAUGGUCAUUCAGACGAUGAAUCGGACUUGGGGGACAGUAAUGACGAGAACAGCAAAGUUCAAUUACACGUGUCAAACGAAGACGACUCAGAUUCCAAGUCCAUCAAGUGUCCUCAAGGCUCUGGACAUUUUACUGAUGCUUGUUUGUCCGUAGCCCAAGAGCAAGGCGAUGACACAAUGCCCCUCUUCUGGAAUCAAUAUCACGGGGAGUAUUCUCAGAAGACUCGAAGUUCAACACAGAACCGUGGUACACAUGCUGAUACUUGGUUUGGAUAACAGAUUGAACAGGUGUGUAAUGUUUUAGCCAUCUCGUAAGCCCACGGGUGUGUACUACAUCAUGAUUGGAACUAUUUAUGCUAGCAAUUUAGCGCUGGACUUCCAUUCUGGACAGUUUGAAGUUGUGUCUUGCAGGCUGAGUUUGUUAUGGCUCGCGGGAGCGAUUCAAGGGCCCCUCGGAAGGUCGCAUUUACUUUCAACCCUCAGAUAGCAGGAUGUUUUCGUAGCCUAACUUGUCCAAAAGACAAUGGUGACAUCUCCAAAUCAGCUUCUCAAAAUCUGGGUUCACGAAUUAGCUGGAGGCUGUUCCACGGGGAACAGGGACAGAGCUAAAAUGGGGACGUCUUUCGAUGGGAUGGUGGUAUAUAAACGGUAGACCUUACUCUGGAGAAGUGCAGCACUUCUUUUCAGAUCCUCCCACCAUGUCUGUUGAUUUACUUCACUUCGAUGCAAUUAAUCCAACCCUCUGCUUAGUCCUGACGGUUGCAUUUAUUAUUGUAAACCGCCUAGCUGCAGGUAAAGCACGCUUUCUUCCACCCGGUCCUCGCCCCCUGCCUGUGGUGGGCAACAUAUUUGGUAUUAAAGUGAAUGAGCCUUGGAUUACCUAUAAGGAGUGGGCUCAAAUUCACGGAAACAUUGUUUACUCUCGCUUAUUCGGUCAAGAAAUCAUCAUCCUCAACUCCGAGGAAGUGGCCAAAGACCUUCUUGAGCGACGUUCUCGUAAUUAUUCUGACCGGCCGCAGUAUAUCACAACUGAUCUAUUUGGGUGGUCAUUCCACUUGGGAAAUCGUGGCUACGGCAAUGAAUUUCGACAACAGAGAAGGCAGUUCCACCAGGCGUUUCAUACAAAAGCUGCUUUGAAGUAUCAUCCCGUCCAAUUACGCAGGGUAAACCAGCUCCUUGUCCAUUUGCUCGAGACACCGGAAAACUAUGCUAAUCACCUACAAACACUAAAUACGUCUGUAAUUAUGGAAGUAACUUAUGGGUACGACCCGGCACCCCACCAUGACCACCUGGUCGCGCUUGUGGAACGUGCAACAGCGUUGUUCGUCAAAGAAAAUACAGCCGACAAAGCAAUCAUCUUCAAUGCACUGCCAUUCCUGCAAUAUAUUCCUCCCUGGUUUCCCGGGGCGAAUUUCCAGCGAAAAGCCCUUCAGUGUCAAAAGUUGACCGCGGAGAUGAUUGAAGCUCCAUUUCAGUAUACAAAGCAGAGUAUUGCAGCAGGGACAGCUAUACCAAGUAGUAUGCUGUAUGAUCUAUUUAGCCGUAUUCCAGAAGACGAUCCUUCAUAUGAACUUGCAAUGAAGAGCUCUACCGCCACUGCGUUCUCUUCCGGUUCUGAAACGUCUUCUUCGUUACUCCAAAUAUUUGUGCUUGCCAUGCUUUUCAAUCCUGAUGUACAGCAGAAAGCUCAAUUAGAAAUCGACGCGGUGGUUGGCCGAAACAGACUCCCGGACUUUAGCGACAGGCCAUCGCUGCCUUAUGUUGAAGCAGUUUUUCGGGAGACACUCCGUUGGCGUCCUGUAGUUCCCCUUGGGGUUCCGCAUGCUACCACUAAUGAUGACAAUUUUGAGGGAUAUUUUAUACCAAAAGGAGCAACAAUAGUGACCAAUAUAUGGGCGAUGGCUCAGAAUGAAGAUAAAUAUCCAGAACCAUCCAAAUACAAACCGGAACGUUUCUUCACCGCUGAUGGAAAGCUGAAUGAUGACACUCUGGGAUUUGUCUUCGGAUUUGGAAGGCGGGUUUGUGCAGGCCGCCAUAUUGGUGAUGCAACAGUAUGGGCCGCCAUUGCUUCCAUAUUGGCUGUGUUCAACGUCACCAAAGCGAAGGACGAACACGGUGACGAUAUUGAAGUCAUCCCUCAAUGGACAAAUGGGAUAACAGUGCAUCCACUCCCCUUUCCAUGUUGUUUUGAACCACGACUAGGAGGGAUGACCUCGAGUCAAAUGAUGUAAUCCUGAAAGGAUUGACAGUGUAACACCUAUCCUUGUCGGUCGUAUAUAAUUAUUCUGUAAAAUAGUGUUACCCCAGUACACUACUCUCAAUGUUAUUUCUACCAUGCUCAAGCUCCAAUAA